AGAAACUGCAUAGGCAACAAUUCAUAGUGAGCUGUAGAAGCUUAGAACCUAUAAUUCCAAUCCAUAAAUCUGAAUUACACCAUACAUAUUGACUAUAAGUACUUUUAUAAUACUAAUCACAUGGUUAGUUACAAACAGUCGUAGAAUGAACAGUACUGAGAUCAUGGUAAUUGAUAGUUCAGCUGACAAGGCAGACAUUGUUCAAUGUAUUUAGUUGCGGGAGAAUGCAUUUUAAUAAUAGCAUCAUAGAGACACCUACCAGACCUACCAGUUUCCUCUCUAACCUCAAGAAGAGAAGGAACCUUGAGAAUGAUGGAAACAGGCUUUGAAGAGUCAAAGGCAGUAAAAUACUAGAGUAAAAGUUAAAAUCAAAAGUUUGUUGUCUUAUUUUAUUUCAUUCUUCACUGGAAAAAAAAUCCAGACAGCUUACUGAAUUAGAAGAAAAGAAAAAGUUUCAUGUGAAAACGAAAAUCUUUCCUUUUUUCACACCUCAUUCUUCGUUCAAACCAUUAGAAAAAGAUGGUUCCUACAGUAUUGUGAUAUCGCAGAAACUGACCGUUACUUAGAAACACGAGUUGCAUUUUUAAAAGAACUGUAUUUAAGUAAAUUAUGUGUACUUGAUUGAUACCGGAAGUCACUGUGACGACUACUUCCUGUUAGAAAUGAUCAGAGUCUAUGUUAAUCGGUGUGAUAAGCUUCUUUAUUGCAAAGUUAUGGUGAUAUAUCCACAAGAGAAUAAAUUGCAGACGAAUUUCUUUAAACGGAGGAGUUUUUAUAGGAACCGGAUGUUGAACUYGUGUUUGCAGAGAGGGAGUCGAUAUUUGCAUAUUGUUCAACUAGUUUACUCACUUGAAGGACAAGACGCGRACAAAUCGCUGAAAAACUAUUAGUUCAAAACAGGUGUUUGUCAUCGCUACUUCAUUUCAAGAUCGUUUCUUGAAUUCAAAGCCGCAUUUUGAAUACUUAAAAGACAAUAUAAUUCGUUCACCACGGACAAAGGACGUCACCAAUCGCUGAUCAACACAGAAAGKGUGGUGAGAGGUAACUAAGGUGAAAACUCUCCUGGUUUUUAAUAAUAUUCCAAUGAAUUGACUACCACAAACACAGCGUAUUUCACUUCUAUGUAAAGAAACGCUUGAUGAUGUAAUGGACUUUAUGAGCAAGAAGUUUCGAGUAAGGGUAAAUAAUAGUUGUAGCAGUUCAAGAAGUGGUCGCCGCUCAUGCGGGAAGAUGGCGACGGAUAGCAGUGAUGAUAACCCGAUAUGGCCAUCAAUCGCCGGUCCAAGCGUUCCCGAAAACAAUCCAAAACUAUGGAAAACACCGCGUCUUGAUAUGAGUAGCUCUUUGUCGUUUUUGCGACGCGAGUUGGCCGCUAUGCAGCUUCAGGACCGUGGAAUACACAAACAAUUACUGGCAUUGAAUUCUGUCAUACGGGAUCUCAAGACCACCCUUCAWGAAUCAUGGGAAAACGAAGAYACUCUGAACCAGACUCCCGAAGACGAUGUAGACGGGGAGGCACUAUGUUCUACUAAUACACAGGUAUCCCACACUAAGCAAGAUUCAGGAAUUCUAACAGAUGAGGAAAGUGAUGAAGAAUGCGACAUCUUUGAACCUCAAGAUGUGGUCCGUCCACUUCGAGGCAGAUCACAAAGUACGUCUGCAAUCUGCAUUUCCAGCGGUAGUUAUACAGGACCAGAACUAGACAUCAAUCAAAAUGUCAAAACAUCAAUCAAAGGUCGAGUGAUAACACCUCGACCCAGGUCCCACACUGUAGGCGAAGGACAAUUCCACAGGGUAACCAGCAUGCCUGUGAUCAAUGAAAUCCCGGGUAGUACAAACUUUACAUUCAGCGGUAAAGCGUUCGCCGUUUCAGGGUAUCUAAACAGACCAAGAAGUUCACACGAGACGUCGUCUCCUGCUUCUCUUUCUCGGCAUGGUAGUAUGCCUGUUAUCUCGAAUAUUGGAAGGACUAACGUACGGCAUGUUCGCUCAGAGACGGUGCCGAUACACAGAGGUCUUCACAAAACCUUCAGCUCAACUAGUCAGGUUAAUAGGACAAACAAAAAACCGCUGUACAGAAUAUGGCGGUCGUCAAGCCAGAUAUCAUUAGUAUGAAGAAUGGUUAUGAGUUCCUCCACCCC